AAAACAGAACUGUCAAGUACAGGUACCGCAUUCAUUAUUUAUCGCAGAUUAGAAUAAUUCUUCAGCUCUGUGUGAGAUGUAAGCAUUCGCCAAUAAGCUAAGCUUGCGCGUUUGAAUAUCUAAUUUACCAGGACAGUUAGCUACAAAAUAUUGUACAAUGGCGAGUGAAACUCCAAGCGAAAAAGAGGCUAAAGAACGGAGAGAGAGGCAGGACACACAGUUUCGAUUGGCAUUGUUUGCUAUUGGAUUAUUAUCACUUGCAUGGUUCCUGGGUGCUUUUGGCUUCUCGUAUUUAUGGUGUGUUUUUCUUAUUCCCCUUUAUUUCACGGUAUUUUAUCGUAAAAACAGUCGAAUCAUUGAAGGCCGAGUCAAGGAGGCAGAGAUCUACGUACAUCAAAAGAAAGCACUUAGAGACGAGGAAACAACAGAAUGGCUGAACUUCAUUUUAAACCGUUGGUGGAAUUUCAGUGAAGCAUCAUUAUGCCAACUUGUUCGAGGAGCGCUGAAUCCCGUGCUGGACUACAGCAGACCAUCAUUCAUAGAAAACAUGGAGCUGGUGGAGUUCUCGUUUGGUAAAAGAACACCUUUUCUAAAGUAUGUCAAGGUCUUUGAAAACAUCGACGAAGGUGACUCACCGAACAUACCAGCCACAACUGACAACGCUUUUCAGCCUCCCGAUGAUAUCCAAAAGAGACAACGACAUUUACUUGUUUUAAAUAUGGACCUGUGCUUAAAUGCACCAGACACGAAAAUCAUUAUUCGCGUCAGACUUGGAGGAAAAAUGGUUGGUGCUGAUGUGGAUGUAAGUCUUGAGGAUGUUAAUCUAUCUGGCCGAAUGCAGAUUGUAUUUGAGAUGGAUCACGUCAUACCAUUUCCACACAUGAAAAGUGUUGCAGUGACUUUCUUGGAAAAGCCUCAAGUAGACUUUGACGUGUGUAUGUUACGGGCUGUGCAAGUCAUGGAUAUACCGAUGUUGAAGGAUUUCAUCAAUGCUUUGGUUAUGGAUAGUCUAACGUAUGCCCUUGUUGAUCCUGGAAGGAUUGAAAUUCCCUUGUACAGUGUUGAUGCAGAAGAGCUCCUGAACGCAUCGCGAAAAUCAGCUUAUGCUGCUGGAGUUCUUACGUUAACAGUGAAAGGAGGACUUCCACAGAAAUUUACAGACGACCAAAUCUUCACAUCAUUCAAGAUUGGCGACCAGGAAGAAAAAUGCUCAGAGAAAAUUCAAGGAGGAACGACCUGGGAGGAAUCAUUUUCGCUUCUUGUUUACGACCUGCCAACUGACAAUGUUGCCAUUGAGAUCAGAGGCAAGAGAGUAUUCGGUACAAAGUAUGUUUUAGCCAAGUACAAAAUCUUCUUGAACACCCUUGGUCUUGAAAAGAAGAAAAAAGUUGACACAGUUCUUGAGAAGGAAGGAAUCAAAGGUUCUCGACUUGAAGUGACGCUCGAAUACACUACAUUGAAACACGUUGAAAUUAGUAGUCGAACAGACGAGAAGGAGUUUAUGGAAAAAUACAACAUGAACGAGCCUGUUAAUGAAGUUUCUGGUGUUCUCCUUGUUGUCCUGCACAGUGGUUCUAAGUUACUAUCAAUGGAUGCUGAUGGAUACAGCGAUCCUUACUGUAUCAUUACCGCCAACAAGGAGAAGAUCAAGACUACCACGCAUGUACAAGGAACAGUGAAUCCCGUUUGGGACUCCAUAACAGAGUUUUUCGUGAAAGACAUAACUAAGACAAACUUAUUCUUCUUGGUGUACGACCGUGAUCGUAACUGGCAAGGCUUGUCAGACGACUUCAUGGGAUCUUGUCCUUUGAAUCUAACUGCUGAGGAGCCUGCUGUCAUCAAACAAAAGAUCAACCUAAAGUACAAAGUUUUUGGCAAAAAGCGAUCAGAAGAUUCGUUCAUGGAUGCUGGGUCCAUCUUGGUGUCCGCGGUGUUCAGACCCGUGGAAUCCGUCAAGAAAUCAGAAAAAGAGGGUGACUUGACUCCUAUCGAAAGUGGUGAUGUUAUUGAAGACAUAAAUGAACACGCCAAAAAGCACACGAUGAAGAGUAGUAUGAAAACUAAACGACAAAUUGAAGAAAUGAUGUUGAUUAAAGAACGUGGAGUCCUUGUUGUCACUCUACUUCAAGGAAGAAAUCUUGUGUCUAUGGAUAGCAAUGGUCUUAGCGACCCUUUCUGUGUUGUACGAGUGAACAAUUCCAAGAAGUUCAAGACUAACGUAAUUUAUGAGAGCUUAACGCCAGUAUGGAAUGAAUCUGUGUCCAUCGCGAUGCCACAAGGAAACGAUAAACUUAUCAUUGACAUGUUCGACAAAGACGUUUUUCAAAACGAUUUCAUGGGAUCUGUAACAUUUACACCAGAGGACAUUGAAGAAUUCAGCAAGAAAGGAGCAACCUGGCACACACUAAAAGACGUCGAUAAUGGAGAGAUAGAGAUACGACUUAAAAAAUGUAAUCCAGGAGAACAGGUUCCAGACGUUGGUGAAGACGUCGAGGAUGAGAAGACAGAGCAAGAAGCGGGUGAUUCUGGGAUAGGAGAGUCAGGGGGGGACUCAGGACAAGCUGAGGGCAAGGACGCGUUUGCUGCUGCACUCGACAGCAUUGAAGACCAAGCAAACACUGAAGGUCCCCCUGUGUAUUUUAGUGUAUCUGGUGAAGUUAUUCAGGUGUCCGAUAUAAAAGGAUGGGGAGCUGUCACCAUCAAGGGACGAGCUGAAAUACCUCGUAAAGGCCGACGAGGAACCAUCAAAUACGAACAGGUACCUAUGGUCAGCACGCCGCCAUUAGCUCCAGAGAGUGGAAUGGUGAAAUGGAAUAAUAUAUUCCAGACUUCUGGUGGCCAAUCUAUUCCAAACGACGCAGUCCUUGUUUUCGAAUUGAGAGAUGGGAAAAAGAAAACACAAGGGAUAUGUAAGACACCUAUUAAGGACUUCUUCAAAGGUCACCACUUUAAAAUUGGAAAAAAGUCAGGAAACAACAACGACGAAAAAUGCUCAGUUACCAGCUGGCUCAACCUUGAAUAUGACGGAAUGCCGGCGGGUCGUUUGCAGCUUAUGUUAUCCUAUUCCGAUGUCCCAGAUGCACCGAUCGCCACAACUAAGAAAAAAUCGUUGCUCAAGAGGAUAUCAUCCAAUCCCACGAUUUGAAUCGAUACAGUCAUAUGUUCUUGCCACAAUCAUUCGUGUUUUUUUGUUUUGUUUUGAUUGGUGUUGGGAUAAACUUAACGUCUCACAUUACCGCACUAGCAAUGGUCACACGUUGAAUGGCCUGGGGACGUAAUUAGGCUUUUACCAAGCACAGAUUCAUUUUAUAAUUCUACAUGUGAUCACCAGAUAGACACGGCAGGUCUAUCAGAACAGGACCGUUGCACAUUCUAGAUGUCAUAGGUAUUUUAUCAAAUUACGUUUUUAUGUAUUUAUGAAUGUAGGUUGUUUUUCAAUGUAGUCGUCAAGUACAGUGUGGGUUUGUAAUAAAAGAUAGAUACCAACUUAAACUGUCAAGAACCUGCUCUCCUUAGAACGAAGUUCAGUUCUCUCAAAUAAUUUCCACUCAUCUCGUUGUCCAUCUCUACCGCCCGCUAUUAAUGGUCCAACAGAUGCCUUUGCGUGAAGGAUUGCCGAUAAAACCACUUCAAAGUUUCGUAGUCUCCUCUCGCAGCCGUUAGGACGUUCGUUCCCAGGUCACUCCAGGAGACUAAAGUUUCGUGACGUGGUGAAAACUUCUUAAAUUUACUCGUUUUCGUAUGAUUAACGCUGUUGACAAAUAGGUACUUAAAUGGAGUCUAGAAUGUAUCAAACGGAACACCAGCUUUGGAUAGGAUGAGAAUACAACUAUUAAUGAUCGAUUAAAAUGCCAGAUUAUAAAACUUUACAUUGAAUGGAGGAGUCCACAAGGACAGUUGCUUGUAUUGAUAAUGUCGGCUGUUAUUAAUAAACAGAAGUCAAAUUAAUGACCAUUUUUUGCCUCUGGCAAAG